AUGCACCCAUCGAAAGAUACUACUAUCGAUGAUGAAUGUCAUGAUGCGAUCAAAAAAUUCUUUGAAGAGCUUUCUGCCGAUGAAACUGCUUUGUUCGAGGCUACGACCCGAUCGCAACAGCUGAUUGAUGACCUUCAAAAUAUCGAUAAGAAACAAAAGAACAAAAUUUCGAGAAAAAUCGCCCCAAAGCUCAAGGCCUUCGUUGCGGGUGUGGAGCAGUAUGGCGGGGCUUUGGAUGUUGUGGCAGGUUCAGUCUCGCUGAUGAGUCCUAUUUGGGCAUCCGUGAGAGUUGUUGUCAAGAUCGCGGGCGAGUAUAGCGAAUACUUUGAGAAGAUCUCGGACAUGUUGGAGGAAAUUGGAUACAUUCUUUCCUGUCUCCGUCGGUAUCCACGUCUAUACGGGGAUAACCAAGUCCUUCGUGAUUCGAUGGUAGAUAUUUUCCAGUCAAUCAUGCAGUUCUGUUCCCGAGCUCGAGAUCUCUUUCACCAAGGAAGGAAGUAUCAGACUGGCGUGAGAGCAUUGAAUCCAGUGGGCCUACACGCGGCCUGGAGACUUAUCUGGAAACCAUACAAGAUUCAAUUCGGUGAUAUCAUCGAACGUAUCAGAUCCUCUAUGGUUAGAAUAGACCAUGAAGCCGAUGUUGCGGAAAAAGAGCUUGCCAGCAAAGAGCGUUCGAAGGCCGAGCAUGAACGCCAGUUGCAGACAUCUCGCUGGGAUGCUCUAGAAUCGCAGCAAAAAUCCGUCGCUCGGUUCAUCGACCAGCAACGAAUUGACUACGUGACUCAGUGGCUUUCACCCGUCAACGCAGCUUCUAACCAUACCUCGGCUACCAAAUUGCGCCACCAGGGAACAGGACAUUGGUUCUUAGAUGGUCCGAGAUUCCGGGAGUGGGCGUUGACAGACAAUUCCUUCUUGUGGCUGCACGCGAUUCCCGGCGCGGGGAAAACAAUCUUGGCCUCCACUGUGAUCGAAUGGUUACGCGAUAAGAAACAGAGUAGCGAUGUUGCACUGGCCUACUUCUACUGUGAUUACAAGGACAAGCAGAAACAAUCGCCAACCCGGAUCGUCAGCACCUUACUUUCCAUGCUCGCAUCAAGGAAUGACGAUGUCUUUGAGAGAAUCCAGGCCUUUUUCCAACGGCAGUAUAAAGAAAACCCUGUAUAUGCACCGGAUUUUGACGAGCUUUUGAACAAUUUCAGUCAUUUCAUGGGUGAUAGCUUCAAGCAAAUCUUUAUCGUGGUUGACGCUUUAGAUGAAAGUGAAGACAGAGAAUGUGUGGCAUACUCUCUGAAGAAAGUCUACGAGACCUGCCAAUUCACAAAUAUCUUUGUCACUAGUCGUCACGAGAUCGAUAUUGCCCGGACUUACGAUGGGCUUCCGAGCAUAACCAUUGAGGCGACAGAUGUUGCCGGGGAUAUUGAUCUAUAUGUGAAGGCCGAGGUGGCGGCGAAGCUCAAGGCCCGAAAGUUGAAACUAAGGGACUUGACCCUGGCCGAUGUCAUUUGCGAUACGCUCAUCGCAGGAGCGCAGGGUAUGUUCCAAUGGGUCAAAUGCCAGAUUGACCAGCUGUGCAAACUCCGCAACGAUAAGGCCGUACGCAAUGCUCUGAAUGAUCUUCCGAAGACAUUGCAUGAUACAUACAUCCGCAUCCUACAGAAAGUGGAGUCUAACAACGCGGAAGACGUUGAAAUGGUGCAACGCCUGCUGAAAUGGUUGGUUCUUGGAGUUCGAAACCUCACUCUGGGUGAGUUGGCCGAGUGUGUAAGUGUUGAUCUCGCCAAUCCUGAGGACUCCUUCGACUUUGAUGCAGUCUUUACCGACGCGGAAGAUGUUGUCGAGCUUUGUGGAAGUCUGAUCACCCUUUCAUCUGAUGGUUAUGUGGCCUUGGCCCAUUACACAGUCAAGGAGUUUCUUGUGUCAGACUUUAUCAGGGAUACGAUGCCACAGUUCUGGAUUGGGUAUAGCGAUACUCAUGCUGAGCUGGCGAGUGUCUGCCUGACCUAUUUAGCAUAUGACGACUUCUCGGAGACCAAAGAAAGCGACAUUAGUGACGAUGUCUUCGAUCUGAUCAUGAGAUUACUUGAAUCUGGUGCCCACUCUGGUGGCAAUUACCACAUGUGGUGUCAUAUAUUCUUCCAUCUGCAAAAGUCCAGUGGCCAGCGACUCAAGACCUCGAAUAAUUCCCCUCUUUACUUUGCAAGUUUGUUCGGUUUACACCGGGCCGUCUCAGCUUUGCUGGAAAGCAACGCUGACGUCCACCCGGAGGAGCCCAUGAAAGCGAGUGCGAGUUCUGGGCACGAGUCGGUGAUCAAAGUAUUUCUUGACCAGUCUCAAUCGAUAGACACGGCUGUGGUUGAGAAAUGCCUUUACCUAGCCGCCGGUCAAGGGCAUGAGUCCGUGGUUAAGCUGCUACUGGAGAGAGGGGCGAAUGUCAAUACUCGCUCCGGAAGAAAUGGCACCCCUCUCCAGGUCGCUACCCUAAAUGGUCGCCAUCAGGUUGUUUCACUUCUUCUUGUCAACAGAGCAGAAUUGAACGUUUCCUGCCAGCGGUACGGUGUUCCUCUUGCAGCAGCCGCUGAGAAGGGACACUUUCAAACAUUUCAAGUUCUCCUCGACCAUGGCGCAAACGUGAAUGGCCGUGGUGGCUGGUACGCGUAUCCUCUAGUGUCCGCAAUUGUUGGAAGGAACAUGCAGAUGGUCGAUGCCCUCAUUCAGCGGGGAGCCAAUGUAAACGCAUUGGGUGGUCGACACGGAUGCGCAUUGAUGGCAGCCUCGUCUAUGGGGAUGCUAAACCUGAUCCGCUCACUGGUUUCCAAAGGUGCCAAGGUCAAUGACGAGAAUGACAAGGGGACUGACAGUUUAUAUGCGGCGUGCAUGGCGGGCAAUCUGGAUUCUGUGAAGCUUCUCCUGGAGCUUGGGGCAGAUGUCAAUGCCAAAGGAGGCAAGCAUCGAAAUGCCCUUAACGCAGCGAGUGCGGGGGUCACGUCAACAUCGUUCAAUGUCUUCUCGAUGCCGAUGGCUGCGUUUGCGGGACACGCAGACGUACUACGUGUACUGGCGGAGGUGGGAGUGGAUGUCAACGCCACUAGCGCAGAUCGGGGAACGGCGCUCGUGUCAGCCGCUCAGAAUGGCCAAACGGAGAUUGUUCGGAUACUGUUUGAGCUGGGGGUUCCAACCGGGGAUACCUACGAGAUGAGCAACGCCAUUAUGGUGGCCGCAAACAAUGGACACCUUGAGGUUGUCAAGCUCCUCAUUGAAAAGGGUGCAGUUACAGAUGAUUGCAGCACCAUUUCAACAUAUCCCUGUUGCACACCCUUGGAGGCUGCAGCCGUCAAGGGAAAUCUGGAUAUGGUUCAUUUGCUACUUGAUCUGGGUGCUGAUGUGAACUUCACAAAUGAUAAGAAGUAUGGAACCCCCUAA